UCACAUGGUACAGUAGAUGAUAAAAUUGACUAAUAUUCAGUGUGAUAUUUGCUUACGUGCUGGUAUAUUUUUGGAAAUUAACAGUGUAUGCUUCACAUUGAAGUUAUCACUCUUUUUGCUUAGAAUAACUUAGAAAUUCUUCUUUUUUGGUAUAAUAUAUUCUUUUUGCUUAUCUCAUAAAGCUUGCACUCAUGCAUAUUUUAAGAAGAUCAGCUCAAGUUAGAAGGGUGUUAAGACAUAAAAUGUCUAGAUAUUUCUAAGAAGGUAUAUUUGGCUACGCUUCCAGGAAAUUGUGUGUAUUAAAGGUGUGCUGAAUCAACAGUCCUGUAGCAUUAGUCAGCUUAGUGUUCUUCAAGGCCUGGAGAUGCCAGCUUUCUUCAAACCAGUUGAAUUUUCUGUGUAGUUAAACUCUAACUGUUUUGUCUUUGGUUUUAAAUUUAUUAUGUUGCUCUUUUGAGCAAUAUGAUAGGAGUGCAGAAUGCUGGAAUGUUCAUUGUGUUCCUCAUGCUAGUUAGAAAAUACACUGCAAAGACUCUUUUCCUUAUGUCAGCUCUUAGAGUAAGUUUGGUACCAUUCCCAUACAGUGAUUUGGAAACACUGCUGGAGGUUAUAAAUGUUGUAAAUAUUGUUGUAAAUAGAGAUAGGAAAUACAGGCUGGUGUAAAUAGGGAUAGGAAAUAUAGAUGUUACUGUUGUGAGCUUUUGGAAAGGCUUCUCACAGUGCCUCCUACAUGUGGUAAUUUUCCUCUUGAUGACUGUGCAGCACUGGAAAUGAUGGCGGAUGAUUUAGAAAAAUUUAUUGAAGACCAGAAGGCCAAGUUGGCACAAGAUAAGGCAGAACUUGAAAAUGAUCCACCUUACAUGGAAAUGAGGAAUAAGGAAUCAGAGAAGCUUUCUGAAACUAGCAAGAUGUUAAUCUCCAUGGCUAAAGAAAAUAUACCUCCAAAUAGUCAACAGAACUACCCUUCAGGUGACUAUGGCUUGAGUUUGCCUCUUGGAGAAGAAUAUGAACGAAAAAAACAUAAACUCAAAGAGGAACUUCGGCAAGAUUACAGGCGAUAUCUUUCUCAGGGAAUUUCACAGGCAAAAAGAAAGAAAAAUUAUCUGACUACUGAUGAAGUAGAUCCAUAUACUCAGGGAUUAUCUCUUCCUAUUGAUGAGCGAAGAUCUGCCAAGGAAAGAUUACGACUUGAAAGAAACAAGGAAUACAAUCAAUAUCUCAGGGAUAAAGAAGAAUGGAAUGAAAGGCUAAGGAAAUUAGGGAAGAAAAACAGAGAGCAUGAGAUGCACAGGAAUAAAACACCUAUUGCUGUUACCAGGCUCCAGCCAGAAUUACAUACAGAAGUCCAGCCCUGUAAUACAGGUGCAGAACCUCCCAAGAAGGAUGCUUUUACUUCCACAGAAGGUUGUGAAGAGCUGAUAAAUAAGAGAUGGCUGGAGGAAGACAGGCACCACAGGUUAGAUGAUGAGGUUGAAUUGAGAAGUCAACUAUUUAAUAAAAGAUUUGAUGAGGAUUUGGAUGUUCCCAAUCAAAGACAUGGAUUUGCUAGCCAAUCUGUAAUUCCUACUAGGAAGCAUCACAGAAUUGAUGAAGAUGGUGAUUUUGGUAGAAGAUACUACAGAGUGGACUAUGAUCCUGAGACAAAUGCAGAAAUGGACCCUAGAUUUAGAUCUGAAAGCACCUAUGACAGAAAAACUCCCCGGGGUUUUUUUGCUGAAAGGCCCUGUCUGAAUGGAAUGGUAAGAGAUGUACCUGCAGAUUAUGAAGAUGAAUUAAAGGAGAGAGCACGUGUGCGGCCGUUCUCAAGAACUGGAGAUUCUAGAAAUCAGAUACAGAUGAGUUCUUCAGCUAGUGAACAGGCCAAGUCUGCAGGUGAAAGGCGGUAUGCAACAGGCCUUGUUCUUGGUGGUCAGGACCGAGAACUUCUUCAAAGGAGAAAGGAGAAGUACAGACAAGAGCUAAUGGAACAGAUGGCUGAGCAACAGCGGAAUAAGAGACGUGAGAAGGAACUUGAGCUCUCAGUUGCUGCCUCUGGAGCUCAAGACCCAGAAAAGAAGCCAAAUAGAUUGAAGCAGUUUGGCUUCACAGCAAGAGCUUUUGAAGAGAAGUUACCUCCUGAAAGGCCCAGGGUGGCUUUCCAAACUCCAAUGCCAGCCCGUUCAGCCUCUCCAGUGAAUGAAGACUCUCAGAGUGAUAAAGAAUUUCAGAGGGGUGUAGUCAGCAGUCUUGGGGACAUGGUAGCUCCCAGGCUUGCACCGUUGCCACCGCCUCCAGCACCAGUUUUGACAGACAACUAUAAAACACCUUAUGAUGAUGCUUAUUACUUUUAUGGGGCUAGGAAUCCUUUGGAUCCUGCUCUUGCAUACUAUGGUACAGGUAUGAUGGGAAUGGAACCCACACCUAGUCUGGAUCCUCCUUUAGGCCAAGUUCCAGUAGGGCAACCCAUAAAUAACAUUGGACAGAGGAACACAGGAGACAGACAAAGAAGCGUGGGAAUGUAUUCUGAAGAAAAAACAAAGCCUUCCAAAGAGGCAACAUUAUCUUAUCAACAAGAAUUACAACAGCAGAUAAGAGAGAGAGAAGAGCGACGCAGACAAGAGCGAGAGGAGAAGGAGAAGUUAGAAGCAGAAAUGAAGAAUUACAAUCCCUGGGGAAGAGGUGGUGGUGGUGCUCCUCUCAAAGAUGCAGACGGAAAUCUGAUAACGGACUUGAAUGUCAUGCACAAGCGAAAUGGAGAGGCAUAUCAUAAUCCAGAGGCAAGACUGUAUGAAGAUAAAAGGGCUAUUGUUGACCUAAAUUUGGCCUCCUCAAGACCUGAGAACUCAGAAGCAUCUACAAAUAAAAUAGCAGGUAUUACAUUUGCACAGGCCUCUCCUUUUGCUCGAGGUAAUGUGUUUGGUGAACCUCCAUCUCCAGAGCAGCUUAAGCGACAGGAAUCCUACAAGAACUUCCUGCGUCUACAGAUUGAAGAAAAGAGACGUAGGGAAGAAGCAGAGCGAGAAAAACUUAGAAUAGAAGAAGAAAAAGAGGAAAAACGACUUGCAGAGCAGAGGAUGAGGAUUCAAAAAGCAUAUGAAGAGGAACUAGAGGAGAAAAGGAGGAAAGAUGAGGAGCGAAGAUUGAAAAAUAAAGAAAUAAUUCAAUUAGGUGAAGAAAGGAGAAAAGAGGCAGAAAAACAAGGAAAAGAAAAAGAAGAAAAGCGAGAGGAACAGCUCAGACAAUAUUUUGAGAAAAAAGAGAAGGAAGAGGAAAAGAAGAUGUUGUCACGACAAUCUUCACCCGUCGUUCCCGCUCUGCAGAACAAAUCAGUGAGAAAAGAGGAAAGGAUUCCCUCUGCUGAGAGCCGUCUGUCUUACUGUGCACAAGAUCCUCCACAGCCCAGAGCUCCUUCUCCACCUGUCCCUGCUAGAAGAAAUCAGCUGCGUUCAUUAGAGGAAAGGAAGAAUGUGAUCAAUGAAUUAUCAGAGAUGAGGAAACAGCUUCGUAGUGAAGAGAGGCGCCUGCAGGAGCAGUUGUUAAAUGUGGCCAGUCAUGAUAAUGUACCAAUUACACGCAGGAGGAGAGAGAAGAAUCCAAGGGACAUAUUUGAGAUGGCCAGGCUUCGUCUGCACGCUCCAGUUCGGCGACCUUCCUUGAAGGAGGCACCAGAUCCUGUCAAUAUGCAGAAUAUCUGGGAAUUUAAUGAACUAAAAUACAAAGAUUCUGAAACACGUAUGGUCUUGAGGCACAUGUAUCCUGAUCCUCCAAAAGAUGACCAGACUCUAGAGAUUCAACAGCAGGCACUGUUGAGGGAGCAGCAGAGGAAACUUGACAAAUUGAGAAUGAGGAGAGAAACAGAAGCUUUUGAUGAUCAAGAGGAUUCUGCUUUGGACAGCUACCCACAAACCAUGGGCCUGUUCAGGAACAAGUCUAAUGAAUUCCAGAAAAAUUCACUGUUGGAAUCGGAUAGUGCUUUUAUUGGUGCUAAUGGGGAAAUGUUUUCUGCCUUAGAAGAAGUGAAUUUAUUACCACAGCAUCCACUUUCUGCAAGGGAGAGGAGACGACUGAAGCAGAGAGCUUUGGAGAGUGCUGCACGUGAGGAGGUUCCACCAGGGCAGACUCCGUUGCUGCAGCCUGACAGCCUCUCCCUGCACUCCAACUUCAGCCUCGACGCGGAUCAGGUGAAAGGCAAGAACGAGGAACGACUGCACAGACUGACUGAGCUCCAGCAGAAAUCUCCUUCCUUGGGUGAUGACAUUUCCUUAGGGGACGUGGACGACCUUCUGAAGCGCGCCCAGUCCCAGGCCAGCUCCACGGACACGGUGGCCACGGAGCCCUGGCUGCGGCCGGGAACGUCGGCCACGCUCCGGCGGCUGCUGGAGCAGCCGAGCUCGGCCAAGCUGUCCCCGGAGCCCGCGCUGCCGCGGGGCUGGCACGGCCUCUCCACCGCGCACGGCUGAGCCGCCGGCACCCCAGGGAAUCCGCAGGGAGGGAGAGCUCUCUGUACAGCGUGGAGCUCCGUGGAACUGCAAACAGCAAUAAUAAAGGAUCAGACGCUGCAGUGGAACGGAGGUGGAGCGCGGGGAUGUUUUCUGUUCCGUGAUGUGGGACACGGAGGAAUGGCUUGGCAGCUUUUGCACUUUUUAUACGACUUAAGUUUCAGCCUCAGAAACAGAGUGUGGUGUGUGUGUGUGUGAAUUUGAUAUUAAAUCAAAGAUGUUUUUUAGGUUUAUAGUAAAACUCCGAAACUUUCUGGCAUUAGAGCAGCCCAAGAGCAGAAGGGCGUUUUAGGUUUUUACCCAAAGAGUAACUUGAACAAGGACACUUGGUUUUCAUACAGGAUAAAUGCUGUCUUGCAUGAAAGCACAGCUAACACUUUCAUGGAAAAAAAAUUACUAUUAACAAUGUGUCUUACAUUCCCUAACUUGUUGUGUGCUGAAAAUACAGAUAUUGUUGAAUAUAUUUAUGGUUCUGAUUGAAGAGUUAAUAAAGUAUUUUGUUACUAAAA